UCGUUACAAUCGGUCUAGAGUUCUUGAUAUGUGUCAAGUUCAAUAAUUCAGUCGAAUUUUACCAAAACAAGUAUUUUUAUGUAAAACGAUUCUAACGUUUCCUACAAUAAAUAAUGUCAGAACAUCGUAAGAUGAGAUUCCUACUCCAUCCCAGGUACUACUUACAUAUUUACGAGAGUAGUACCACAUUGGAUUUCGAGACUGAAAUCAUUAUUUUGGAAAGUAAUUCUGGUUACAAGAUAAUCGCAAUCGUCUACAACCAGAGAUAUUUACGUACAUCGUAUUCGCUGUUAUCUUAAACAAAAUACAAGUCUGUAUCCUGCCAACCUUGGUUGAAGCUCACAGAUGUGACAAUGUGUAUGUUAUGUGCAUGUGAGUAUUCAAUUAAUUUCCAAUCAAAGUAACCAGAGUUUGACAACACUGAAGUUCCUUAGGGAAUUCAUACAAUAAUUAAAAACGAAUACAAUACAAUUAUGAACUGAUAAGGCUAUGAAAAUAUGGAUGUAAGGACAAGAAAUCCUCGAUGUGCUGGGUCACCACUAAAUCGUAUAAAAGCGCUAAUAGUGCCAGCAAUCGACAUCAGUUGCAUUCGAGCAUCACAGCAAGCAAGCUAAAAGCAAACACAUCACUGCCAAAAGCACAAAAAAGCUCCUAAACGAUCGCCACUACAUCUACUAUAACAUAUAAAAUGCGUUCAUUCAGCACCGUCUGUUUCGUAGCCUUGAUCUUGGCCGUCUGCAUGUGCAGCUUCGGCGAGGCGGCCUACAGGAAGCCACCAUUCAAUGGCAGCAUCUUUGGCAAACGCAACUCCUUGGAAUAUGAUAAUGCCAAAGCUGUCACUGCAAUGUGCGAAAUUGCAUUGGAGGCGUGUCAAUCAUGGUUUCCACAAGGCGAAAGCAAAUAAGCCAAUUCCAGGGCGACGGAACGAUAGCUAUAAAUGAAGCACCGGAAAACUAACGAUAUUCUAUACUUAUCUAUAAAUAACUAAAAUAUUGUAAACGCGGCUUAAUAUUAUAUAUUUAUAUGUAUAUGUGUACAGAAAAAUUAAAUAAUUUACAUACAAACAUAUAUGUAUAUCAACAAUAAGGUUAUAAAAGUACUAUUUAUUCAAUAAAGCAAAUGCUCAGUAAAGCAAAAACAAAA